AGAAAUAAAUAAAAACUCGAGUCGUUUGACCUUAAAAACAAACAAACCAAUCCAUCCAUCAAGAGGUUCGAAAAACACAUAAAAAUCCGCCCAAAAAUCCCAAAUCCAAAGGGCAAAAGAGGCCAUCCCAUCUGUAACCCUGCGGAUGAAAUGAGGAAAUCCAGGCCGUGAGUUUUCUCCGAUUUUUAGGGCAUUUCCCUCUCCCUUCAUCUCUCGGCAGUGAAGAAAAGAGAAUGACAGGUUCGAGAACGCACAUACACCGGCAAUGAGGUGUAAGCGCCAUCCCUGCGCGCCGGGCAGCGUCGGUGUAUGCGCUUCCUGUCUCAGAGAGCGCCUCCUCUCUCUCCUCGCCGCCCAAGUCAAAGAAGCCGAAUCCGGCGAAGAUCGACGGAAAUCUGACCCCCCGCCGCUGGCCUUCCCUCGCUCCGUUUCCCCCUACGUCUGCCGCCAAUCCGUCACCGACUCGUGGGAUCACUACCGCCAUCACUCGCUCUUCUACAGUACGCCGCAGGUGGGACCCACCUUCUCGGAGAAGAAGAAGAAGAAGAGGAACGGGCCGUUCUCUCGUCUCUCGUCUUUCUUCGGCGUUUCCAGAUCGGAAAAGAAAGAGAGAGAGAAACAAAGAGAAAAGGAUCCUUCUAGGGUUCCAAACGGUCCCUCUUCUUCCUCCUGGCUUUCGGCCUUCCGCAAGAAAAAAUCGCGUCUUUUCUCUCUAGACGACGAGAUCUGUGGCACCGGCGACCGGAGAACCUGCCGGAUGACAGAUCGGGGCCUUUCUCCGACGACGAGAGAUGAAGGUGAAGAAGAAAAGGGAGACGGAUCACCCGUCGGUAGCGGAUACUCUUCGGAAUCUUCAAAAGGGCGGCCGAAACCAGUUGCUGUAACGACCGGAUCAGUACCGAAAAGGCGUACCGGUUCUCAACAUGCCCGAAACGUGUCGGGUCUCACAUUUUGUUUGAGCCCGUUGGUGAGGGCGAGCCCCAACCGGCACCGACACGAUACGGGAUUUUCGGGGGAGUUACGGUCCGCGAACCGGCACCACUGGUCGGCCGCUCCUUCGCUCUGUGCUAACAGAUCGAGGAAGCUGGCGGAUUUUGGAAGGUACCCUUGAAUUUCAAUUUGACGCUUCUACCCUCGGAUUGUUGACGUUUUUACUGCUUCUUUUUCCCCUUCUCCUCUGUUGUUUUUUUCCCGUCGUUUGGAUGAGAGAUGAUAGAUGGUUCUCUGUAGAUAAAAAUGGAAGAAAUGAAAUGAAUGAAAUGGAAGCGAUUUGACGGGUGGCAAAAUCGUAAUUUUAAUCAA